AUGAUUUAUCGAAUAGAAAAGAAAAUUAAAUUAAAUAGUAGUGGUAAUAUCGAGAACAACAGUAAUAAUAACAAAAACAAGUACAGCAAAAAUAACGAUAGCAAUCGUCACGAUAAUAAUAUAGCAGACCUAGAAAACCUGUUCUGGGUUAUAUGGCGUUUUCAUUUAAUAAAAAAAAAGAUUUUUUCGUUUAUUCGAUCGAAAUCAAAUUAUGGUGUAUACAAAUAUAAUCAAAUAUACUCGGUACCAUGGAUGGUGAAUAAUAGUAUUGGUUUACUUAAAGACAAGGUUUUAAAUAAGGGGUAUCUGGUUUUUUCAGACCAAUUACACUAUGAAGAAAUAAAGGAUAAAAAGGAAUAUGGGCGUACUUUCAAAAAGAAAACAAUUUUUAAUUCAAUUACCGAUGAUAAAGAAUUUUAUUAUAAUCUCUUCAAAAAUUAUAAGCAGUUUUUUUUAACAAAUUUCGAGUUUACCUUCAACUUAUUAUUAAAAUAUGAUUGUUUAGUUGGUUAUUUGGUUUUUAAAGAGUUGUAUAGUAAAAAGAAUAGUGGUGUUUAUUGCAGCGAAGAGGUCUUUCAUCACAACUAUUCAGAUCUGUUAGUUCAGUCAAUUAUUCAUUCAUCUUUUAAUAUGGCAGAAUAUUUUAUCAAAAAUUACAAAACUAGCAUUUCCAAAAGAGAUUUGAAAUCAAUAUGUGCAAAUUCUUCAGAUUCGCUUAUAGAAAAAUUUAAAUUUAUACUUAAAUAUGCGCCAAAAAGUAUUUUUGAUAAAAACCUUCACUCCUUUUUUGUCAAUUUAAAAUUUCACAAAUUAAAGCUUAGAAUGUUAUUGGAGCUGUGCUAUAUAAUCGUAUCACUAAAAGAAUUAAAUGAAGCUUAUCCCGUGGAAUCAUUAGACUCUGAAGUGCCCAUACCAUCCAAAGAACAAGUAUUAACAAGAGGGCAAUUAGAUGGUUUAGUAUUUUCAAAUGAAGAGCUGGAAACUGUAGUAUAUGAAUUCCCAAGUGAUAAUUUGGCUAUUAAAUCAUUAUUAGAAAUGACCGUAUCUUUUUCAGGUCCCCAGCAUCAGGAACAAAAUUCUAUAUUUUUAGUAUUAAAAUACACCAAAAUUCAAAUUGAAGAUCAAGCAUUAACAAAGCUAAUAGGAACACAAGAAAAAGGUUUAGAAAUAUCAAAAUUUGCAAUUUUAUCACACUAUCGCAAAAUUAACCCAUCUUCAAGUUUAUUUAAAUAUACCAGGAAUGAUAAAGAGAAAAAAUUAAAAUUUUUAAAGCUUUAUUGCAAAAGAUUUUAUAAUAGUUCAAAAGAAAAAAACCUUUCAGACCAACAAAUAGCGCAAAUCAAUCAAUCAAUAUACCAUAGUUUGGUUUUUUUCGAUGACUUUGACUUGUUUGAUUUUUUUAAAGUUUUACUCAAUUCGGUAGUGUCAAUAGGAAAGCUAUUUGUUUUAAAAAGCGAAAAGAUAUUAUAUUAUUAUAAAAACAAGUAUCCUCAAGACUAUAAAUUAAGUGUGUUAGAAUUUAUCAAUACAGAAUUCAGUGUAUUUGGUGAGCAAACCUUAGAAUUAAAUGCAUUUCAAUUUAUUUUAAAAAAUAGAAUCGAUUUUGAAGCCAUCCUAUCAAGCAACAGUGGGUGUAGAAAGCUUUUAGAAAUAGUUAAAAAGGAUGAUAUGGAGUUAGAGCAAUUUAAAUUGUUUGUUUUAAAUACAACCAACGAAUUCACAUUCAACCUAAAAAGUUUUUUCUUGCAAUCUUUUAGCGAAAAAUACUAUGCUACUUAUUUUUGGAUUAAAGAGACAGAGCAUUUCAAUAGAGCGACCUUCCUCCCAAAUCAAUUAGAAGAUGAUUUAUUAUUGCAUUAUCAUUUACAAAAACUAGAAAUACCUGAAAACAGUGAUCAAUUGUGUAAUAAUGAAAGUUUGGUUUUAAAGAUUGGGCAAUCAACAGGCGAAUAUAAUUUAUCAGUUUUAGAAUUUAUAAUAAGGAAAUAUUAUAUUACACCACAACCUUCAAGUAGCGUGGUGGUUUACAAAAUAUUGGAUUAUAGUUCAAGAGUUGGUAAUUUAGAACCAUUCAAGUUUAUUUAUGACCGAUUUCCAUUUAUUUACCAAGGUGGACACUUUAUUGAAUAUUCCAAAAUAUUUAUAAGAAAUGCUUGGCUUUAUGGUUAUCCUCAACUAUUAGACUUUUUAUUUAAUUAUCUUGGUUUAAGAAAAUUUCAUUCAUGUAUAACUGAAACAAAAUAUAACGAAAUAAAUAGAAUUCUAUUUUUAAAUACAUACUCUAAAAAGACAUUAUUUAAAAAUUAA